UAACAGCUAGCAGUACAAUUUAAUUUCUAUAUAUAACAUAGCUCGGAGUUGUUCUUUCAUCAGCAAACGUUUUCUUCUAACAACUCUCAUAAAAGGUUUCAGAAGAGAAAAAUGAUGAUGAUGGGGGAAACAUGGUCUCAACUAGGCUCACUGAUUGCGACCGCAAUGUUUCUUUGGGCCAUGUUUGACAAAUAUUUCCCUCACCAUCUUCGUAGCCUAAUCCUAAGUCAUACUAAGAAAUUGACUAGUUUCGUGUACCCUUAUAUCCAAAUUAAGUUCCCUGAAUUCACUGGCGAGUAUCUUAAGCGCAGUGAAGCCUAUGCUGCUAUUGAAACAUACCUCAGUAGCAAGUCCUCCAGCGAAGCUAAAAAUCCUAGAGCAGUAGUUGUCAAAGACAGCAGUCAACCUGUACAACUGAGCAUGGAUGAGAACGAAGAAGUUACAGAUGAAUUUGAAGGCAUGAAGGUUUGGUGGGGUGUAAAGAAAAUCCCCCCAAGAACACAGUCAUUUUCUUUCUACCCAGAGAUGGAGGAGAAGAGGUAUUACAAGCUCACUUUCCAUAAAUCUCACCGAGGAACUCUCUGUGGGAAAUACAUCAAUCAUGUCCUGCAAGAAGGAAAAGCAAUAACGGUGAGAAAUCGACAAAGGAAGCUGUGCAUCAACAAUCCUAGUCAGAAUUGGGGUGGCUACAGGUCAACCAAAUGGAGCCAUAUCACUUUUGAGCAACCAGCAAGUUUUGACACUUUGGCCAUGGGCUCGAAGAAAAAGGAAGAAAUCAUCAAUGACCUUAUUAAGUUCAGGGAGGGAAAAGAGUAUUAUGCUAAGAUUGGCAAGGCCUGGAAGCGUGGCUAUCUUCUCUAUGGUCCUCCCGGAACUGGUAAGUCUAGCAUGAUUGCUGCUAUGGCUAACUACUUGAACUAUGACACCUAUGAUCUUGAAUUGACAACGGUUAAGGACAACACGGAGCUGAGGAGGCUUUUAAUCGAGACGACAAGUAAGUCUAUUAUUGUGAUUGAAGAUAUUGAUUGCUCACUUGAUCUUACGGGUCAACGAAAAAAGAAAAAGGAGCAAGAGAAGGAUGAGGAAAAGAAGGACCCCGCUAGUAAAAUGGCCAAAGGAGAAGAAGAAAGUAGUAGUAAGGUCACUCUCUCUGGUUUGUUGAAUUUUAUAGAUGGGCUUUGGUCAGCUUGUGGGGGAGAGAGGAUCAUUGUUUUCACCACUAAUUAUGUGGAAAAGCUUGAUCCAGCUCUCAUUAGGAGGGGACGUAUGGACAUGCACAUAGAAAUGUCCUAUUGUGGCUUUGAAGCAUUCAAGGUUCUUGCCAAGAAUUAUUUGGAUGUUGACUCACAUGAAUUGUUUGCGACCAUUGACCAUUUGUUGGAGGAAACUGAUAUGACUCCUGCUGAUGUUGCUGAGAAUUUGAUGCCUAAGUCACAGAAUGAAGAUGCUGAGACUUGUUUAAAGAAAUUGAUUGAAGCUAUUAAGACGGCCAAAGAGGAAGCAACAAAGAAGGCUGAGGAAGAGGCACGGUUAAAGGCAGAGAAAGAAGAGAAAGAGAAGCAUGAAGAUACUCAAGAAGAUGUGAAAGUUGAUGAGUCGUUAGCUAAAGAUGUCAAAGAGAAUGGUGUUGAUGUUGUGAAAGAUGACAAGACAUUGGGUAAAGAGGUGAAAGAAAAUGGAGUCACCGCCUGAAGUAAACUAGGAUACAAUUAUGACUGAAUUUGUUCCUGUGUGCUCUGCAUUAUGCAUAUUAAAAGCCAUCAUAUGCUAUAUUGAUGCUUGAAGAAUGUGAAAAGAUGUGUAAUAGUACUAUGGCGGUUAGAACUACUGGUCUACUAGGCUGUAGCGUGUAGAUGUUUGUAUGAUUUUAGUUUGUUUAAUAAGAAUUACUCUGUUCCUAUAAGAUUCAAUAAGAACUACUUUGUUCCGAUAAAAUAUGAAUCAAGCGGGACUCAUCACCUUACCAUAC